AUGUUAAUUUGGUUAAAAGAGCGUUUUAUAUUGUUUUGUAUAAAAGUGAUAAACAUUGGUCGAGUACCAGCGCACAUAGGAUUUAUUAUGGAUGGUAAUCGUCGGUUUGCCAAGAAAUAUAAUCUUGGGCUAAACGUUAGUCAUUAUAAAGGCUUUGAUAUAUUUUGGGAAACGGUCCAGUGGUGUCGUCGCCUUGAGAUUCCAGAAGUGACAGUAUACGCAUUUAGUAUAGAGAACUUCAAUAGAACCAAAGAUGAGGUCGAAAACCUCAUAGAUUUAGCCCGAGUUAAAUUCCAAGGGUUUUUAGAUAAUAUAGACCGAAUUAAUCAGUUGGGAAUAAGGAUAUUCGUCGCCGGUCGACUCUCGCUGCUGCCUGAAGACCUGCGAGCUAAAAUGGCCGAAGUUAUGUUGCUAACACAGAACAACAAUAAAGUGCGGUUGAAUAUUGCAUGUUCUUACACAGCUCGGGAUGAAAUUAGCCGCGCGGCAUCUCACUUGGUGGAUGGAGUGAAGAAUGAAGAGUUAUUACCGGAAGAUAUUGAUGAGGAGCUGAUUUCUAGGACAUUAGAACUAGGAGAACCAGAACUGUUGGUGCGGACCUCGGGGGAAGUUCGUCUGUCAGACUUCAUGCUAUGGCAGGUAUCAAACACAGUGUUAUAUUUUACGGAUGUGUUGUGGCCAGAAUUUUCAAUUUGGAAUAUUCUGGCUGCGAUCAUCCACUUCCAAAGGCACGCUCCGCCAGCCCGACUGGAAAAACGCAUGAGCAAAAAGAACCAGAACUUUCUCGAUCGAUUGGCGAAACUAAAACGUCAAAAGUUGGAUUCUUUUUUAUAAAACCCUAAGAAAAGGGAUUUGCGAUGAUAAUUAAUUACCUACU